CGCCCCUGCGGCUCCGCAGGACUAACGGGCUCGGACCAGCAGCUGCGUUCGCCCGCCCCGCGAGAGGCCUGCGCGCGGUACCUUGCGCUGGGAAACAACGUCGCUGCAGUUUCUGGGGGCUUCGCUGCACAGCCUGAGACCAUGGCCAAACCAGCACAGGGCGUCAGGUACCGGGGCUCCAUCCACGACCACCCGGACUUCGAGCCCAAUCAGGAUGCGGAGGCCCUGUACAACGCCAUGAAGGGCUUUGGCAGCGACAAGGAGGCCAUACUGGAGCUGAUCACCUCCCGGAGCAACAGGCAGCGGCAGGAGGUCUGCCAAAGCUACAAGUCCCUCUACGGCAAGGACCUCAUUGCUGACCUCAAGUACGAACUGACGGGGAAGUUCGAGCGGCUGAUCGUGGGCCUCAUGAGGCCACUUGCCUACUGCGACGCCAAGGAAAUUAAAGAUGCCAUCUCGGGCAUCGGCACGGACGAGAAGUGCCUCAUUGAGAUCCUGGCUUCCCGGACCAACGAGCAGAUCCACCAGCUGGCGGCAGCCUACAAAGAUGCCUAUGAGCGAGACCUGGAGUCUGACGUCAUCGGUGACACCUCCGGGCACUUCCAGAAGAUGCUCGUGGUCCUGCUCCAGGGAACCAGGGAGGAGGACGAUGUGGUGAGCGAGGACCUGGUGCAGCAGGAUGUCCAGGACCUGUACGAGGCAGGGGAGCUGAAGUGGGGGACUGACGAGGCCCAGUUCAUUUACAUCCUGGGAAACCGCAGCAAGCAGCAUCUCCAUCUGGUGUUUGACGAGUACCUGAAGACCACGGGGAAGCCGAUCGAGGCCAGCAUCCGGGGGGAGCUGUCCGGGGACUUUGAGAAGCUGAUGCUGGCUGUGGUGAAAUGCGUCCGGAGCACCCCUGAGUACUUCGCUGAGCGGCUCUUCAAAGCCAUGAAGGGCCUGGGGACAAGGGACAACACCCUGAUCCGCAUCAUGGUCACCCGGAGUGAGCUGGACAUGCUCGACAUCCGGGAGAUCUUCCGGACCAAGUACGAGAAGUCUCUCUACAGCAUGAUCAAGAACGACACCUCUGGCGAGUACAAGAAGGCUCUGCUGAAGCUGUGCGGGGGCGAUGAUGAUGCUGCUGGCCAGUUCUUCCCGGAAGCAGCGCAGGUGGCCUAUCAGAUGUGGGAACUUAGUGCAGUGUCCCGAGUAGAGAUGAAGGGAACUGUGCGCCCGGCCAACGACUUCAACCCUGAUGCAGACGCUAAAGCGCUGCGGAAAGCCAUGAAGGGACUCGGGACAGAUGAAGACACGAUCAUCGACAUCAUCACACAUCGCAGCAACGCCCAGCGGCAGCAGAUCCGGCAGACCUUCAAGUCCCACUUUGGCCGGGACUUAAUGGCCGACCUGAAGUCUGAGGUCUCCGGAGAUCUGGCCCGGCUGAUCCUGGGGCUCAUGAUGCCGCCAGCCCAUUAUGACGCCAAGCAGCUGAAGAAGGCCAUGGAGGGAGCUGGCACAGAUGAAAAGGCCCUCAUUGAAAUCCUGGCCACUCGGACCAAUGCUGAAAUCCACGCCAUCAAUGAGGCCUACAAGGAGGACUAUCACAAGUCCCUGGAAGAUGCCCUGAGCUCAGACACUUCCGGCCACUUCAAGAGGAUCCUCAUUUCUCUGGCCACGGGAAACCGUGAGGAGGGAGGAGAAGACCGGGACCAGGCCGGGGAAGAUGCCCAGGUGGCUGCUGAGAUCUUGGAAAUAGCAGACACGCCCAGUGGAGACAAAACCUCCCUGGAGACGCGGUUCAUGACCAUCCUGUGCACCCGGAGCUUCCCACACCUGCGCAGAGUCUUCCAGGAGUUCAUCAAGAAGACCAACUACGACGUGGAACAUGUCAUCAAGAAGGAGAUGUCCGGGGACGUCAGGGAUGCCUUUGUGGCCAUUGUUCAGAGUGUCAAGAACAAGCCUCUGUUCUUUGCUGACAAACUCUACAAAUCCAUGAAGGGUGCUGGCACUGAUGAGAAGACCCUCACCAGGAUAAUGGUUUCCCGGAGUGAGACAGACCUGCUCAACAUCCGGCGGGAAUUCAUCGAGAAAUACGACAAGUCCCUCCACCAAGCCAUCGAGGGUGACACCUCCGGAGACUUCAGGAAGGCCCUGCUGGCUCUCUGCGGCGGCGAGGACUAGGCUGUGGUGGCAGCCGCCGUGCCCGAGCUGCAGUUCCAGCUCCGGAGACAAAGGAAGGAGCUGGGGUGGGCACCUGUCCCCACCCACCAGGGCUUCAGACAGACCCUUCCCAGCCCUGCGGGUGCAGCCCCUCCGCUCCGGCCCCAGGCCCAGCGCUGCAGGGAGGUGACCCUCGCCAUCCUGUCCCCUUCCACCUCCGCCCCAGAGCCCCAGCCUCCCCGACCCCUGCUCCGGGCUUGUC